UUUCCCUGCGUUUUAUACCGCGAGAGGGGGACCUGCUCGGCUCCUCCCAUUAGAAAAUUCGGCUGGUAAGAAACCCUGGUUUAGGGUUUUGAUCUCCGCCGCUUAGCUUGAGACUGGAGAGUGAUCUCGUAGGAAACUCCUGAAAGCAUACAUAGUAGCCAUGAGUAAACUUCAGAGUGAUGCAUUGAGAGAAGCAAUCUCUGGUAUCAUGUCAGAUACCAAGGAGAAAAAACGUAACUUUGUGGAGACCAUUGAACUCCAAAUUGGUUUGAAGAACUAUGACCCUCAGAAGGACAAGCGUUUCAGUGGUUCUGUCAAGCUGCCACAUAUUCCUCGUCCUAAGAUGAAGAUCUGCAUGCUUGGUGAUGCACAGCAUGUUGAAGAGGCAGAGAAAAUUGGAUUGGAAUAUAUGGAUGUGGAGGGGCUUAAGAAACUAAACAAAAACAAGAAAUUGGUCAAGAAACUUGCAAAGAGAUACCAUGCUUUUCUUGCAUCUGAAGCCAUCAUUAAGCAGAUCCCUCGUCUUCUUGGCCCUGGUCUCAACAAAGCAGGAAAGUUCCCAACAUUGGUGACUCACCAGGAAAGCUUGGAGUCAAAAGUUAACGAAACUAAAGCCAUGGUGAAGUUCCAACUAAAGAAGGUUCUUUGCAUGGGAGUUGCUGUUGGGAACUGCUCAAUGGAGGAGAAGCAAAUAUUCCAAAAUGUGCAACUCAGUGUCAACUUCCUUGUGUCAUUGUUGAAGAAGAAUUGGCAAAAUGUGAGGUGCUUGUACCUGAAGAGUACUAUGGGGAAGCCAUACCGUAUCUUCUAAGUGACCCGGUUUCUUAUUGUUAGCACUGUGUAGUGAGAGUUGGUAUUUGAAAGACUUAUAAACGUUUUCUGGAAAUUCAUGAAAUUCUUCUUGUUCCAUUCACCCAACUGGGUUUUUGAUGAAAGCUACCAAGAAUAUUAGUUUUUGUUUCUUUAUGGAGAGUUACAAGUUGAUAUUUUUAGCA